AGGAACAGCAGUCCGUUUAAUUUUUGUGAUGCAGCAGGAAGUUGCGGAGAAAUUGUAUCCGCCCACUAAAAUACACAGAGUACCUCGUGUGGAGUAGCAUGAACCACGGAAAAUGAGUCUUGUCAAUAGCCAUGGCGAGGGGGCAUCUUCCCCCUCGGAGAAUGAAGAAAUAGUUGAUAAAAAAGGUUUGUCUUCCUCAGUCAUUUGGAAGUGGUUUGGCUUUCUAAGUAACGACAAAGAGCAGAGCGAUGUGUGAUGCAAAUUGUGUCGUAAACAGGUGGCUACCAAGACUGGUAACACGACCAAUCUUUUCUACCACUUGAAACAAAAUCACGCCAUGGAACACGCAGAAAGCUUGAGUUUGCGCAAAGGUACUCAAAUCAAAAGCAAACCUGUCGUUGUCCGCCCGAAGCAGUCAACUAUGUCAGCGUUCGUGCCCUACGAGCAAACAUCCAAAAGACACAAAGACAUCACAAAUGCUAUUACGUAUUGCAUUGCUAAGGACAUGCAACCAAUUAGCACUGUUGAAAAACAAGGGUUUAAAAAGCUUAUCAAGAUACUUGACCCCAGGUACGUGCUCCCUGGCCGCAAAUAUUUCUCCCACACCGCGCUGCCUAAAAUGUAUGCAGAGUGUAGGGAAAAAGUUGAGGAAGCGCUGCAGAGAGAUCUGACUUAUUUUGCUUCUACCACCGAUCUGUGGUCAAGUCGCACGUCAGAGCCAUAUAUUAGCCUCACAAUCCACUACAUCGACAAAGAGUGGAAUCUUCAAAACAAAUGCCUUCAAACAUCCUACUUUCCGGACGACCACACGGGCGAAGCUAUAGCAGAAGGGCUAAAGGAUGCUUUCGCCUCCUGGGGACUCAGUGAAGAUAAACAGGUCUGCAUUACAUCAGAUAGUGGUGCGAACGUGGUGAAGGCCGCUCAAAUCAACAAGUGGACCCGACUGCCAUGUUUUGGACAUCGUUUGCACUUGGCCAUUGAGAGAGUGGCUAGAGACAAACGGGUGGAUCGAGCAACUGGAGUGUGUAAGAAAGUGGUGGGUGCCUUUUCCUAUUCGUGGAAAAAGAAGAGAGACCUGGCAAUUGCUCAAAAAGAACGCAACCUACCCCAGCACAAGUUGGUCACAGAGACACCCACAAGGUGGGGAUCACGUCAAAAGAUGGUGCAAAGAGUCCUGGAGCAGGAGAAAGCUAUUUCACAGGCUAUUCCUGUGACAAGAAGACCCGACAUUUAGUUCCCACCUAUACAGAUAUAGAUGUUCUUAAGUCCAUCAACCGGGCAUUGACCCCACUCCUAGAAUUCACAGAUGCUCUGUCUGGUGAGUCUUAUGUCAGUGUGUCUUACCUGAAACCAGUACUACACUUGUUUAAUACAGAGAUCAUGAAACCAGAGGAUGGUGAAACAGAGCUCACCCAAACCAUCAAAACGAUAGUCAUGGACUACCUGAAUGAAAAAUAUGAUGACCAAACAACUGAUGACCUCCUGGACAUGGCCUCGCUGGUCGACCCUCGGUUUAAAACCCAUCACAUCAAAGAUGAGAAGGUGGACCACAUAAAAGCCAGAGCUAUGUUAGAGAUGUCCAAUGAGAGACAUGAAAGCCCAACAGAUGGAGACGAUGCUUCUGCUUCACCACAACUGCCAGCUAAAAAGAAAAAGUCACUGGGCAGUUUUUUCAAAAAGCCUUGCUCCACCACAGGUCUUACUGAAACCCAGCUCGUAGAGAAGUAACUCACCUCCUACCUCCAGUCUCCUGAUGUUGACAGUGAAACCAAUCCACUGGACUGGUGGAAGACUCACCAAAAGAGCUUUCCCAAAGUCAGCUACCUCGCAAAGCGCUACCUGUGCAUUCCUGCAACUAGCUCCCCCUCUGAGCGUGUUUUUAGCACAGGUGGCAACAUAGUGACCUGCCAUAGGGCAUCUGUAAAGCCAGAGACUGUAGACAGACUUGUCUUUCUUGCUUGUAACUUGUAAGACAACAACAAACUGUGAUGUGCUUUAAGCUGACAAACAUUUGUAAUGAAUAUUGACUUGCACUUUGUUUCUUAUUUUGUAUUUUCUGUUCAUAACUUCUCAGGGUUUUUAGCUUUUCACAUUGUUUUGUGAAUGUUUAACAUGUUAUAAAAAUUGUGAUCAAUAUUAAACCUAGACACCAUAGACUUGGUCUUUGUUGUAACUACCUCAACAUAAGCUGUCAUUCGCUAGAUGUUCUAAUGCAGAUUGAUAUGCACUUUAUUUAUUUUUAUUUUGUAUAUCUUGUUCAUAACUUGGAAGAGCUUAUAUAGUUCUAAAAAAGAAAUUUUGGGAGUUUACAAUAAAAAAGAAACAUUGAAACCUUUGGUUUGUACAGGCGUUCUUGUCUGAAGCAAAUAUCCACCUUUGAAACAGACUUGGUUAAUAUCGUCUUAUAUCGUUAUCGAAUGAAAAUAGAAAUAUCUAUCGUGAUAAUUUUUUACCCAUAUCGCCCAGCCCUAAGAUGUCCCAUUGCUUAUUGUGAAGUUUAGUUUUCAAAAUAUUUUAAUGUCCAGACCCUCAGUAUAUGUAUAACAACUAUGGUAAAUAGUUGUGGUAAAUGCACCAGAAUGCGUGAAAUUGCAUCUAUAUCUUUAAAAGAAUUAUUGGGGAGAAACCCCCAGACCCCCCGCAUAAUGUGUCCCCCCCACUCUCAAAAUGCUGCUGACGCCCAUGGCUACAGUACUGUCUUCAAUGCCACAGCUAUGGCUAAACUUUAUUAAGUCUUAUUACACGGCUGUUCUUUAAUGCUAUAGAAUGCUCCAUUCACUUGAAUGGGGCUUCCCAACGUUCUGCGGUGAACAAUUUUCUCAUAUUUGACCGUUGCUAUGCAUAUUUGACCGCUGUCAAGGGAAGUUGCCUUUUUGCCUCGGAUUCACGUCUUUCGUAGCACUCCGCAAGUAGUCCGGUAACUUUUCAACCCCAGCGUACUCUGUUGCUUAGCGACGUCAGCUGAUUUGAAGCCUAAAUAAUGCUCAGUCUAUGAAGUUCAACUCUUUGGCGAACUAUUUCUCUGCUGAUCAACCAUACAAAUGGUAACAAAUACAUUGUGAAAGACACCCUGUGUUAAGUUAUUUUUGUUGGCAAGUAGCCGUGUAAUAAGCCGGAUAAUGUAUAGGACGCUUGUCAUUAUCGGGGAAAUAAGCCCCUUCAUGGCGAAACAAAACUGGCGAAAACUCUGUUUCGCGUCGUGCCUAACAACUCCCCUUACCUGUUCUAAAAUCAGCGCAAACCACGGCCUCUUGGGGCUUAUUGCUUAAUCAUCCCUUACAAAAGAAACUUUCUAAUUUCCUGCGCUUUCAAAGUGUGGAUAGCAACGGCAGAUAGCUUGCCUCUAGCAAACUGCUUUUGAAUUAGCCAUG